AUGUUUGCAGCGGGCUUCCUGGGGUGGACGUGGGAUUCAUUCGACUUUUUCACUGUGUCCCUGACGAUCACUGAGAUUUCCGAGUCAUUCGGUGUGUCGUACUCUGACGUCUCUUGGGUAUGUGCUCCUGCCAGUGUGAUAACCCGGAAGCUGACAUGUCGAGAGGGAAUGACCGUCACACUCAUGCUCCGCUCAGUUGGAGCGAUCAUUUUUGGAGUCCUAGCAGACCGGUAUGGGCGCAAAUGGCCAAUGAUCAUCAACUUAUUUUUGUUCAUUAUUCUGGAGCUGUGCUCUGGAUUCUGUCAAACUCUGCCUCAGUUUCUGGGUGUGCGGGCCCUAUAUGGAAUUGCAAUGGGAGGUCUCUUUGGCCCAGCAGCCGCUACUGCCCUCGAGGAUCUUCCGUAUGAAGCCCGUGGACUGCUUUCUGGUCUGUUCGAAAUGGGAUAUGCAACGGGAUAUCUCUUGGCCGCAGCCUUCUACCGAGCUCUGGUCCCAACGACCACCCAUGGAUGGAGAAGUCUUUUCUGGUUCGGCGCAGGACCUCCAUUGCUGAUCAUUAUCUUUCGCUGGUACCUGCCAGAGACUAAUCAUUUCCAAGUGAUGAAGGCCGAGCGCGAAGCACGCGCCAAUGUAGCGAGUGGUGACAGCGCUCGCGCGAUGGGCCUAAGGACAUUUCUUCGCGAUGCUGGACGCGCUCUUCGCGAGAACUGGGUGCUCUUCAUUUACCUUGUUGUUCUCAUGACGGGAUUCAACUCCUGUUCUCAUGGCAGUCAGGAUUUCUACCCCACAUUCCUAAAAGAUCAAGUCGGAAUGGACGCAACCCAGACCACCGUCGUUACCGUCGUGGGUCAGAUCGGUGCUUUGAUAGGCGGCUGUACGAUCGGGUACAUCAGUACAUUCUUCGGCCGGCGUCUGACCAUGCUUAUCUCCUGUAUUUUCGGAGGCGCCAUCAUCCCGGCAUAUAUCCUGCCGCGGAACAUGUCCCUUGCAGCAUGCGCCUUCUUUGAACAGUUCUUUGUCGGCGGUGUUUGGGGUCCCAUGCCGAUUCAUCUCCUUGAGCUUUCACCAAACGCCCUCCGAUCUCUCAUGGUUGGACUGACCUACCAGCUUGGAAAUCUUGGAUCUUCUGCCUCGGCCACGAUCCAGUCUAUCAUCGGCGAGCGAUUCCCACUCGCGCCCGGGCCGAAUGGCAAAGCGCGCUUCGACUAUGGCAAAGUAAUUGCAAUUUUUAUGGGCGCAGUCUGGGCUUUUGUUUUAUUCUUCCUCUUUUGGGGACCUGAGAUGUCCCAGGAAGAGCGAGACGAAGAAGCUGAAGCUGCCCUGCAUUUGGAGAGACUGCGCGAGCAAGGAGUCAGUCUGGCGGAGAUUGGGCAACACCAAAUCACAAAGGGUGCAAGCUCUGAGAAUGGGGACGAUAAAGUGCAAGUCGAGCACAUUGCGUAG